CCGACGACAGGUCACAGUGAUCACGCGCGACAGAAAACUUUGCGAAGUUUAAGGAAACAAUUCGUGAAGAUGCCAAGAUCCUUCCUUGUGGAUUCGUUAAUUUUGAGGGAAGCCAAUGAUAAAGGGAAUGAAAAUAACCCACCUUUAUUUCCUUACGCCGUGCACCCCUCGCACCCUCUCCACGGGCUGUCCACAGGUUCGUGCCACUCUCGAAAGUCUGGCUUGCUGUGCUUCUGUCCUCUUUGCGUCACAGCCUCGCAACUACAUCCGUCUCCUCCGGCCAUUCCGCUCCUCAAGGCUUCGUUCCCAAGCUUCGGUUCGCAGUAUUGUCAUUCUGCGCUGGCCAGGCAACACACCUCCUCUACCGGUGUCAACCUCAACCAUGGCCCAGGGAUAUACCAAACGGCAUACUCCGUGCCAGAUCCUCGCCAGUUCCAUUGCAUCUCUAUCGAGAGCAACAGUAACCAACUCCAAAGCAGCAAACGCAUGCGCACAGCGUUCACCAGCACGCAACUUCUGGAGCUGGAGAGAGAGUUCACCUCAAACAUGUAUCUUUCCAGACUAAGGCGCAUAGAGAUUGCAACAUAUCUUAACCUAUCCGAGAAACAGGUGAAAAUCUGGUUCCAGAAUCGUAGAGUCAAGCACAAGAAAGAAGGCAAAACCAGCUCGCACCGAACCGGAUCGCAUAGUUGUAAGUGUUCUUCCUUGUCAUCCGCACGGUGCUCAGAAGAGGAAGACGACUUGCCUAUGUCCCCUUCAUCAUCAGUGAAAGAGGACGCAGAACUUACCGUCACCCCGUGAUCCCAGAGACUCAGUCCGAGCUACACCUGUGGAAUUCUAAAUGCAGCCAAAAAAAAUUCAACUGUACAGACUUCUGUUAUAUGUAUAAAAGAUAUAUAAGCAGGGAAGUUUUACAUCACUAUA